AUGUCACCGAUCCCCGACAUCAAAGGGUUUGUCACCAAUUGGCGGCUGGAAGAUGAUCUAGACGCUGAUUCUGAUGCACAGGCCCUAUUGACCGAGACCGAGAAGCUGCUAGAGAGCUGGAAGCACCCCGACCCUUAUACUCCCCCUACAGCCCCCGGAGCAUAUGGCAAGAGUCGUCAGGUGCAGAAUGCUAAUGAUACUGUCACAGGCUCCAAGUUUGAGCGAAACCUCCCGUCGCCUGUUCUCGACCCUCCCCCACACCCUGUUAACCGACACUAA